AUGCGGCCACAUGCAGCCUCUGCAGAGGCUGAGGUGGUGACCGUUGCCGGUGUUGGAUCACUGGUUUCGGAGGAUUCCGCGCGAGAAUCCUUCGACUUCUCCAAUUUUCGCAUUGGGGAGGUGCGAGGAUGGCGGCGCUCCUUUUGCCAGUCCAACUGGGUGAAUGUGGCGUCCGGGGGUGUGUGUCUGGAGAGCAACGAAGUCGCAGCGCUUGCGAUGGUGCCCGCUGCCGCUGACUACGUCAGCCACGUGGCGCUCCUGGACGUGGUACCGUCGGAGCUGCCAGGCUUCUACGAGAGAGAAGCCGGUGACGAGGGCUCCUCUUCUGUCGAGGAGGGACAAAACGCCCUGAUGUGUCGCCGCCUCGGAGAGGCGCCGCAGCAGGUGCCGCUUGUGACGACGAUGCCGAAGCCGACAGGCCGAGCAUGGCCGAGCGACGUGGGUUAUGUGCGUGAGUGGAUGAGCCGAGCGCUCAGGCCAAUGUGGCCGGCACCGCAGGCAGACAUGCCACCCCGCCCAUGUGACUGCGCCGGAACUGCACGGUCGGUUGAAGCGCGCCUGUCUCCGCCGAUCUCCUUGGAGGAGCUGCCCCGAGGACUCGUGCCAGGAUUGCCGCUCUACCCCGCUCCCGGCUACUUACGGGAUUGUGCGCAGGCACACAAGGCAGCCGGGCUUUUGCAGCACUUCUUGGACUCAACUUGCUUGUCGGACCGCAGGACAACCUUGACUGACUACCUCGCGGCAAAUCCCGGCUUGGAUGAAUACAUCCGCUUGCCUUCCUAG